AUGGCUUCCGCAUCCAGGGUCCAUCUUGAGGCAUCUCAGACCCCCCAAUACCAUGUCAAGAGUCUGGAAGCUGAAAGCGCGAGGACAACAUCGGAACUGCUGCAAGUCAACCAUGAAAAGCACCACAUCUUCUUCAACAGGUCUGGUUUCCACAAUCACAUUGCGCAUCACCUGCUCACCAUUUUCGCUCUCGGCGCUACACCACAGGAGAUACAGCAAGGCUACGACACAAAUGUCUCAUAUCAAAGGCCACCUGAACCUUUGAAAGAAGCCAUCGUCAAUGACAUGCGUAAGCCAGAGCGCUUCAAGACCUAUCUUGGGAAGGAGCAAUAUUACCAUGAUUUCCUUGUGUUCUUCCAGAAAGAGAUCGAAACAAAAACUUGGCAACGUGUACUUGAUGAGUUUCUUUUCGCAAGCGAUGAACGAGCAGAGGAUCUACUGGCUCGUUCGUAUGCCGGCUUUCUUCAUCCAAUCAUUCAUUGGGGGUUUGGGGUUGAGUUUCAACAACCGGCGAUUAUCGCGGAAGGGCUGGCGCAAGCAUGUGUGCACGACAAGUGGAUGAGAUCGCUGUUUCUCGCCGUUGAAGAGGCAGCCGAAAAGAAAAGAGACGCAGGUGACAGGAAGACGAUCGUACAACUACUUGAAGAGGUAAGGGAGGACAAAGAGCUAAGUAAUGCUGCGCACUGGGAAGACGGGAACAAAAUCCGCGACGGGAUCAUGAAGAGAGCACUUGAUAAGAUGGUCGCAGUUGCGAGCCAGUACACGAUCCGGGAGGAUGAUGAUCUCGAGGAAAAGACAGCUGAAAUGAUCAACGCCGCAGUUUACUUCACAGCUGCAGCCCAGCGUCCGCCGCACCAAGUCAAGUUUGAUUUCUUCUAUAUGCAUUGCGUUACAUCGUCUAUCUUCUUCUCAAAUAUCCUAUCCUCCGCCAACAACUUGCUCACGCCCGAAGCAAAACGACGUCUUUUAGAAUGGAAGGUCUGGAACGACAUCGUCAUGUACGCAUCGCGACACUCACCAGACCUUCUCCUCUCUGAGAUUGCGGAUUACAAACCAAAAGAAGAUUCAGAUUGGGACAACAUCAUCCUGCGAGUGAACAAAUUAUCGGAUGAUGGCCACGCAAGCAAAGUAAUCAGAGCACUAGCUAACGGUCAGAACGCGUGUCGGCCAUACGAGGACAGGCCAGGCUUCGUAAUCAGGGGUGAUGCGUGGAGAAAGAUAGGGCACAUGGCUAUCGACUCCGUGGAGGCGGGAGAGCCGCUUUGGACUAGAGGCUGUGGGUUUGAUCAGGCAUGGGAAGACGUCCCAUUGAGGGACGGCGCAAAGCUUUGA